CGCUUCAAAAUACAAGCAACGUCGGCUGAUUUAGUCAAGGGUUGGUAGGACAUCGGAAGCAGGAAGUUGGCGCGUCCGAAGGAAAACAUUAAGCUGUCAGAAUCUUAACGUGAAAAUACACACGGAGCGAGCUUGUAUAUUGUGGUUCAGUGGAGAAUGAGUGUUCCUGACUAUAUGCAGUGUGCCGAUGAUCACCAGACUCUUCUGGUGGUGGUACAGCCGGUGGGGAUCGUCCCGGAGGACCAGUUCUUCCGGAUCUACAAGAGGAUUGCUUCGGUCAGCCAGAUCAGCAUCCGCGAUUCCCAGAGGGUCCUCUUCAUCCGCUACCGACACCACUACCCUCCGGAGAACAACGACUGGGGGGACUUCCAGACUCACCGCAAAGUGGUGGGGCUGAUCGCGGUGACUGAGUGUGUCUCGGCCAAGGAGUGGCCCCAGACCUCCGACCGCUUCCAUGACCACAAGGAGGUGUACGGCUCCACGCUGUAUGACUCGCGGCUGCUGGUGUACGGGCUGCAGGGGGAGGUCGCGGAACAGGUCCGCACUGACGUCGCCUUCUACCCCAGCUACGACGAGUGCGAGGAUGUGGAGAGGAGAGUGGAGGACUUCAUCGAGUCGCUCUUCAUCGUUCUGGAGUCCAAGCGCCUGGACAGGGCUACCGACAAGUCGGGGGACAAGAUCCCUCUGCUGUGCAUUCCCUUCGAGAAGAAGGAUUUUGUUGGGCUGGAUACUGAUAGCAGGCACUAUAAGAAGCGCUGCCAGGGCAGGAUGAGGAAGCACGUGGGGGACCUGUGCUUGCAGGCAGGGAUGUUGCAGGAUGCCCUGGUUCAUUAUCACAUGGCAGUGGAGCUGCUGCGCUCAGUCAAUGAUUUCUUAUGGCUUGGAGCUGCCCUGGAGGGACUCUGCUCCGCCUCAGUCAUCUACCACUAUCCAGGGGGCACUGCUGGCAAAUCAGCAGCCCGUAAACCCAGCAUCUCUGUCCCUGCUGACGCUGGCAAGCGACACCGACCAGGGGCGCAGGAGCUUCUCAUUGACCCAGGUGCUCUAACCACUAAUGGCAUCAGCGCGGACACCAGCAGUGAGAUCGGGAGAGCCAAGAACUGCCUGAGCCCCGAGGACAUCAUAGAGAAGUACAAGGAAGCCAUCUCUUACUACGGCAAGUAUAAGAAUGCUGGUGUGAUUGAGCUGGAAGCCUGUGUGAAGGCUGUCAGAGUGCUGGCUAUCCAGAAGAGGGCCAUGGAAGCAUCAGAGUUCCUGCAGAAUGCAGUCUACAUCAACCUGGGUCAGCUGUCGGAGGAGGAGAAGAUCCAGCGCUACAGCAUCCUGUCUGAACUGUACCACCUGAUUGGUUUCCAGCGCAAGUCUGCCUUCUUCAAGCGCGUGGCGGCCAUGCAGUGUGUAGCUCCCAGCAUCCCGGAGCCUGGCUGGAGAGCCUGCUACAAGCUGCUGCUGGAGACCCUGCCUGGGUACAGUCUGUCUCUGGACCCGCAACACUUCAGCCAAGGCACUCACAGAGGCUGGGCGGCUGUGCAGAUGCGACUGCUCCAUGAACUUGUCUACGCUUCCAGACGAAUGGGAAACCCAGGGCUGUCUGUGCGCCACCUCUCCUUCCUGCUGCAGACCAUGCUCGACUUCCUGUCUGACCAAGAGAAGAAGGAAGUAACCCAGAGCCUGGAGAACUAUACCUCCAAGUGUCCCGGCAGCAUGGAGGUCAUUACACUCUCUGACGGCCUCAAGCUGCUUCCAGUGGCCUUCACCAAACUCCCUAUCGUCAGGUCAGUGAAGCUCUUGAAUCUGCCAGUGACCCUGCGGCCACGCAAGGUGAAGAGCCUGCUAGGGCAGAGCAUGGCUGUCAAGAGCCCCUUCAUUUACUCCCCUAUCACUGUGCACCACCGUGGGGAUGAGCGCUCAAAGAAAAUAGAUUUCCAGUGGGUCCAAGGAGAUGUCUGUGAGGUCCAGCUGAUGGUCUAUAACCCCAUGCCUUUUGAACUACGGGUGGAGAAUAUGGGUCUUCUGACUUCGGGAGUUGAGUUUGAGUCUCUGCCUGCUGCCCUCUCACUACCAGCUGAGUCUGGCCUGUAUCCUGUCACGCUGGUUGGAGUUCCACGGACCGCAGGCAGCAUUACAGUCAAUGGCUACCACACAUCAGUGUUUGGGGUUACAAGUGACUGCCUUCUAGAAAGCCUGCCUGGAGUGAAGACCAGUGGCUGCACAGUGGAGGUGGUUCCUGCUCUUCCUCGACUCCAGCUGAACACUUCCCUCCCACGCUCUGCCCACAUGCUGCUGCCAGCCUCGGGGGAAGAGGUCUCCACCAGCGUGUCUGUCCAGCUCUUCAAUGGAGAGACACGGCAGCUGAUGAUCAGACUGGAGAACAUUGGAGCAGAGCCCCUCGAGACCUUGGAGCUCACCUCCAAGACUGUCCAUACAAAAGAGAAGCUGUUUGGCGAGUUCCUCAGCUGGAGCCUGGAAGACACACUGUCUCAGUUUCCACUGAAGCCGGGUCAGGUGGCCACUUUAACCGUGAACAUCAAGGUGAAGCUGGACUUCUCUGGCCAGGAGAACCUGCUGCAGGACCUGAACGACGAUGGAAUCAGUGUGACAGGACUGCCCAUCUCCAGCCCCCUCAGGCAGGUCCUGAAACCCAGAGCGGAGAGCAAGGCUGGGAACCCUCCUGAGUCCAGCAAGGGCGGAGAGUAUAACCCUGUCAAGACUCUUGAAGCGAUCCUGAACUUCAAGUACUCUGGGGGACCGGGCCACACUGAGGGCUAUUACAGGGACCUGUCUCUGGGUCUGCAUGUGGACGUGGAGCCCUCUGUGUUCUUCACACGCGUCAGCACCCUCCCUGCAACCAGCACCCGGCAGUGCCACCUUCUCCUGGAUGUCUUCAACUCUACGGAGCAUGAGCUCGCUGUCAGCGCCAAGAACAACGAGGACCUGGUCCUGCAUGCUGGAGAGUGCCAGAGAAUGGCCAUUCAGGUGAACAAGUUUGAUUUUGAGGAUCUCCCAGAACCCCAGGAUGACAGAGGCCAGUUCACCAGCCUGAAGCAGCUGGAGGAGGAGAGGCAGCAGGCCAGGGGAUACGAGAUCAACAGCAAACUGGACAUCUGCUGGGAAAUCCCAUCUCUGAAGCGACAGGGGGAAGCCAGUGUGGAGGGGGUGCUGAACCAGCUGGUCCUGGAACAUCUGCAGCUGGCACCUUUACAGUGGGACGUGCUGGUUAAUGGGCAGCCCUGUGACUGUGACAUUGUGGCUGAAUGUGAAGUUGGUGAUCUCGUGCCCCUGGAAGUCAAGCUGACCAAUCGGAGUAAGCAUGCUGUGGGUCCCUUCGCCCUGACUGUCAUCCCCUUCCAGGACUACCAGAACGGGGUCCACAACUACGAGCUCCAGGACGUUGUCACCUUUGUGGGCUCCAACACCUUCUACAUCGACUCGGUAAAUCCCACUGAGAAUUGUGUCUGUGAUGGUGCCCUCCUCUUCCUUUACACCGGCGAUUUCUACCUGAACAUCAAGUUCCACGAUGACAGCUCCAGCCGGGAGCUGCCUCUGGACUGGUUCUGCCUGCCCAGUGUCCACAUUAAAGCCCUGGAGCCAGCGCUUCCACAUUAAAGCCCUGGAGCCAGCGCUUCCACAUUAAAGCCCUGGAGCCAGCGCUUCCACAUUAAAGCCCUGGAGCCAGCGCUUCCACAUUAAAGCCCUGGAGCCAGCGCUUCCACAUUAAAGCCCUGGAGCCAGCGCUUCCACAUUAAAGCCCUGGAGCCAGCGCUUCCACCUUAAAGCCCUGGAGCCAGUGCUUCAAACGAUGCUGUAAACCAUCCCUCAUUGUUUUCUCUUCCCCAUCAGACUCAUGUAUUCGCUUUCUGCAGUUACUGUUGGGAGAUGUGCUUUGGAUAAGCUUGGUCCUGCAGUUACACCCAGACCCAAGUGAUGCAAGGUCAGCAGCGAUAGAGCACCACAGGGAGUGGUUUGACCUCUGCAUGCUGUUUGACAUCAUCUGUUGGUAGUAUUGUUCAUAUUUAAUUUUGAAAUUAAAGUUUAUUAUUCUUAAGGGUUAUUACAAUAAAUUAUUUCUGGCUGCUAGAAUACUCAUUUCUACUAGAUGUGUGUGUGUGGGGGGGGGGGGGGGGGGUAAUUGACCUUUAUUGUAUAGCGCCUUGUAUAAUAUUCUAUAUAUAUAUAUAAACACAGGCACAAGCAUGCUGUAUAAACAAAUGUAUGCCAAAUCCACCAGACCUGCAGUUUGGUUAUUUUAUCUAGAGUGUGUUUAAGAAAACAGUUUGUGGAAGCAAUUCAAGAAUAGUGUGAGAUUGUACGACUGCGUUAUUUAUGAAGGGAGGCAUACUCUAGGGCAGUAAAAGGUGUUGGAGGAGGAGCUAUUGAAGAGACACUUUGCUAAUAACUUGCAAUAUAUUUGCUCUUCCAUGAGUACAGUUAAAUCAUUAGUUCCAAAUGUAAUGUCCACUGUGAUAAACUGUAAAAGUAAUGUUGAAUAUAUUGUACAAGAGAUGACAGCCUGGAAAUGAAUUUACUGUUUAUGUGCACUUGUGACUGUCUGAUUCCAGUCAUGCAGAAUGAGGACAUGGUAUUUCAGGUUCAGGGAGCACUGACUACAGUAUAUAGAUUCCGCUCCUGUUUGCAUACCAGCUGACACACUGAGGUCAUUUCUUUCUCUUACCUGAGUCAAAGGUGUGUCCUGCCCUGCCUCCUUCUUUAAAAAAAAAUAUUACCAUAGAACACUCUAGUAUUUUUUCUAUAUUGGAGAGUUCUAUGUUAAUGUUUAACCAAAAUACCAUGACAGUAUUUUCAUUGACUGUGUCCAUGGUGUUUAGAUGUUCCACAAACAACAUACAGGAAUCUGCUUCAUUGUUUGGGAAUUAAGACAAUAAAAAGCCCCUCUGUUUGCCUUGUGAACGUCAGUCGGCUCAGGGAGGGUGUAUACUGAUAUGCUGUACUGUCUGGUGAUAUGUAAUAGGUGAUUUGAACGGGGGCUGGUCAUUUCUGGAACACUGUACUGUGUCUGUAGCAACCUUGACUGUUUGAUUUUUGAGUGUUUAGUAACGUUUGUCAUACGUUGACGUCUUAAGAUAAAAAUGCUCAUUUACAAGUUAUUAAUACCAAUAUUCUUCUGUGUUGAGGAGCAUGGGCUGUUCCUCUGGGAUGCCUGUUGAAGGUGUUGUAUAUUUCAAAGGGGACAGGAUUGGGGUGUAGUUGCUCCUCCCAUCCUGUAUUCAUGCUAGCCUUUAUUGUGUGUUACUUUCCAUUGUUCCUAUUACACUUCAGCACUCUUUUAUGUGAUUAAUAAAACCUUGAGUUGUUGGCA